GCUCCCCCAUAACCCAAACCAAAAGGAAAACCUAACCCCAAAUCCUGGAAACCCCAAACCCUAAUUGUAUCUCGCUCUGAAACAAUCGGAUUCAAUCAAUCUGGUCGAUUCAUCCGCAAUCAGGAAUCUUGAGAGAACCCUGAAGGAUGUCUGCGGCAGUGUGCGGAAGCAAGAGGUCCUUCUUCGAAGAGCUUCCUCCGUCGCCUCCGUUAACCAAGAGACUCCGCUGCUCUUCUUCUACCUCCCCCGUUCGAUUCUCUUCUCCUUAUCUCAUUGAUCAGCUCCGUUCCGUCUUCCCUCACAUGGACCCUCAGAUUCUUGAGCGAGCAUUGGAAGAGUGUGGCAAUGAUAUUGAUGCUGCUAUCAAGAGACUGCAUGAGCUUCACAUAGGAUAUGGGGAUGAAAAUGCUGUUCCUGCUGCAGAACCGAAUGAUAUUUUACAGAAAGGGGUAUUAAAUGAUGAGGAAGCUGCAGCUGCUUCUGAGAACCCAUCAGCUCCACGCAACUUGCCUGCAGAUGGUGCGGAAUGGGUUGAAUUGUUUGUCAGGGAAAUGAUGAGUGCCUCUAGUGUAGAUGAUGCUAGGGGACGUGCUGCAAAAGUGCUAGAGGUUUUAGAGAAAUCCAUCAGUUCACGUGCUGGUGCGGAGGCAGCCCAAAAUUUUCAGAAGGAGAAUAUGCUACUGAAAGAACAAAUCGAAGGACUGAUAAGGGACAAUUCAGUCCUCAAACGUGCUGUGUCUAUCCAGCAUGAACGUCAGAAAGAGUAUGAGGGCAGAAGCCAAGAAUUCCAGCAUCUGAAGCAGUUAGUAACUCAAUAUCAGGAGCAGUUGAGGACACUUGAGCUCAACAACUAUGCCUUGACAAUGCAUCUGAAGCAGGCACAGCAAGGCAACUCCAUGCCUGGACGUUUCCAUCCUGAUGUCUUUUAAUUAAAUAAACAAAAAUUAAAAUGUGCUUUGUUGGUAGAGUCAGCAAGAUAUGUUCUGUUGUGAGCCCUGUUCACAUUGUGUUUGUCGAUGCGUCAGCUUUUGUAAAUCGAAGCUGCUUUGCUGUGUUUGUGUUUCAGUUCAGGUCAGUCGGGAUGUGUCAAUCAAUUGCGGAAGUGGUUAACUUUAUUGUCUGGUUUAAUAUUGGUGAAUUUGUAUUUACAUAUGUCUAGCUUGUAAAAUGAGAACAGGGUGCUUAUGGAGAUGGAUAUACUUGAGCUACUUCUCUCUGCCGUUGUCACCUUAGAAUGCUGUUUGCAUUCUUUUGAUCCUCGUAGGCUUACAGUGAACAAGCACACAUGCUAAAAUAAUAAAAGUUGUGGUUUUUUUUUGGUCUAA